CUGCCAAGAAUCAGAAGAAGAAGAAUGACGUCAUUAGGCUGCCACUUGCUCUCUGCUGUGUGUGUGUGAUUUGGCUGAAGAAAGGAAAGUGUCCAAACGCAGGAAAAACUCCUGGCGAAGUGACUGAGAUCCACGUGACACGAUUAUAAAGAUGGAGUUUAUUAAAGAGGAGUGUGAAGAAAUGAAGAUUCAAGAAACAUACAGAGACGAACAAGAAGAAACUGAGGAACAAACAGAUCUAAUGGGAUUGAAAGAGGGAAAAGAAGUACUUGAUGAAAUUGGAGAGGAAGAUCAACAUGAGUGUCUUCAAAAGACAGGAACUAGAAGUUUUUUUUCUUGUUUGAGUCAACAAGGAAACUUGAAAGUCCACAUGAGAAUUCACACUGGAAAAAAGCCUUUCACGUGCCCUCAGUGUGGAACUAGUUUCACGCGUAAAAUAGGUCUUAAAAGGCACAUGAUAAUUCACACUGGCGAAAAGCCUUAUGCAUGCCCUGUAUGUGGAAAAGGUUUCUGUCAAAAUGGAAACCUUAAAGUUCACAUGAGAAUACACAAUGAAGAGAGCUAUAUCACCUGCCAAGAGUGUGGAAAAAGUUUCACUUGUAAAGAAAAUCGUGACAGACACAUGAAAACUCACACUGGAAAAAAGCCUUUCACAUGCCCUCAGUGUGGAAUUAGUUUCACUCGUAAAAUAGGUCUUAAACGACACAUGAUAAUUCACACUGGCGAAAAGCCUUACACAUGCCCUAUAUGUGGAAAAGGUUUCUGUCAAAAUGGAAACCUUAAAGUUCACAUGAGAAUACACACUGGGAAGAGCUAUAUCACCUGCCAAGAGUGUGGAAAAAGUUUCACUUGUAAAGCAAAUCAUGACAGACACAUGAAAACUCACACUGGAAAAAAGCCUUUCACCUGUGAACAGUGUGGAAAAUGUUUCACUCGUAAAUUAGGUCUUAAAAGACACUCGAGAAUACACAAUGGGGAAUGUCCCUUCACCUGCCAAUUUUGUGGAAGAAGUUUCAAUCAAAAAGGAACCCUUAGCAGGCACAUGGGAAUUCACACUGGAGAGAAACCUUUUUCUUGCCAACUGUGUAGAAAAACAUUCACUCGUAAAACAGGUCUUGAAAGGCACAUGGGGACUCACACUGGAGAAAAGCCUUACAUAUGCUCUCAAUGUGGAAAAAGUUUCAUUCAACGUGGAAACCUUAUAGUCCACAUGAGAAUACACAAUGGAGAAAAUCCCUUCACCUGCCAACAGUGUGGAAAAAGUUUCAACCAUAAAGGAAGCUUUAACAGGCACAUGAGAACUCACACUGGAGAGAUGCCUUACAUAUGCAUUCAAUGUGGAAAGACUUUCGAUCAAUAUGGAGACCUUACUGUCCAUAUGAAGAUUCACACUAUGGCCCAGCAAUAAAACGAUAAUCUGAUCGGUAUUGCUCACACAACCAUAUCCAAAAAAGUGCUUGAAUAUAGUGAAGAACAUUACAUUUCUUGAUUUAUUUUAAAAACUGCUGGCGCUUUAACAGGAGAAAUCCUGGGUCAUGAACAAUAGUGUUAGAAGGCUUUUCAGUGGAUUUACUAUAGUAACACAAACUGCUCCAUGAUAUUAUGGCGGAAAUGUGAAAUAUAUAUGGAAUUUUAUUAUAUUAAUAUUUUAUAAGCGGCCAGAUUUACAUCAGCUUGUGCAAGUGCAAACCCUUAUUUGGCGUUUAAAAAUAAAACUAAUAAUUUAGGAUUUUACUAUAAAAGGAAAUUAGUGUUGAAAAGGUGUGGACACAGUUAUUUUUGUGUUUCACCUUUCUUUCCCUUUCAAUCUGUAAAUUCAUGGGGGGAGAUCAUUUAAAUGAAUUAAGCAA